AUGGACCCGUUGAGUUGGGGUAGUGGCUGGUAUGCAAUACAAGCGAUUUCUGGACAUUUUAUUCAAUAUCUAAAAGAGGCCCGAGAUAAGCCACCCGACGAGCUGAUAUGGCCUUUACGUCUUUUCUUGAUCCUUCUCGGAUAUUCAACAGUAGCCGUUCCAGCAGCUUUGCUAAUUUGCUAUGUGAGGAGGAAUAAACAUGCAUUCGAGACACCGUACUUUUCCGUCCGUCAACUUCUUCGAAGCUUCGCUGUUGGAAAUCAAGAAUACCAACUGAUACCAGCUGGAGAAAAAGAAUCAGCUCGGAAGGAUACGGAUCCCAUUCCCAAAACUAGAGCCCAGUGUAUACAUACUGCAAUCUUGUUGCUCUUCUUCUUCAGUGGAAUUCAAGUGACACUUGUGGCAAUGGGUGUUCUACAAGAGAGAAUUAUAACAAGAGGUUAUCGUAGGACGGAUAAGCCAGAAAUUGAGGAGAAGUUUGGUGAAACACAAUUUUUGAUUUUUUGCAAUCGGAUAGUGGCUCUUGUUCUGAGUCUUCUGAUACUCGCAAAAGAUUGGACCAAACAACCUCCCCACGUUCCUCCACUAUACGUCCACUCGUAUACAUCUUUCUCCAAUACAAUAUCUUCCUGGUGCCAAUACGAAGCAUUAAAAUAUGUUUCUUUCCCAACUCAAACUAUCUGUAAAGCAUCUAAAGUUGUUGUGACAAUGUUGAUGGGACGGAUAGUCAGAGGACAACGGUAUUCUUGGUUUGAAUACGGUUGUGGAUGUACAAUUGCAUUUGGAGCGAGUUUGUUCUUGUUAAGUUCGUCAAGUAAACAUUCUGGUUCGGCAAUAACGUAUACCUCGUUCUCCGGAAUGAUUCUAAUGGCUGGCUAUCUUCUCUUCGAUGCAUUCACUUUGAACUGGCAAAAAGCUUUAUUCGACACAAAGCCAAAAGUUUCCAAGUACCAGAUGAUGUUUGGCGUAAACUUCUUCUCUGCCAUCUUUUGUGCAGUUUCACUUAUAGAACAAGGAACAUUGUGGUCUUCUUUGAGAUUCGGAGCAGUACAUACAGACUUCUCUCGCGACGUCUUUCUUCUUUCCUUGUCAGGUGCAAUCGGUCAAAUUUUCAUUUAUUCGACGAUUGAGAGAUUUGGACCCAUUGUAUUUGCCGUGAUCAUGACUAUUAGACAAAUGUUAUCCAUCGUACUAUCGACGAUCAUGUAUGGACACGAACUCACUUUCUGGGCAGCUAUCGGAUUCUUGAUCGUGUUUCUUGCAAUUUUUGUAGAUAUUCACAAAAAAUACUCGGAUAAGAAACGGGUUCCACAAAGGAGUUGGUAA